AUGAGGAUCCGACUGCAGGGUCCGGGCCAUGCUGCCAGCCUUCUCUCACAGCUCAACCUCUGCCGCCAGUCCCGGUUGUACUGUGAUGUGUUCCUACAGGUGGGCAACCGCUCAUUUGCUGCACACCGUGCUGUGCUAGCCUGUGCCGGAACAUACUUUCGCAGCCUCUUUGCUCGGGCCCAGACAUCUUCCACCACUGCCUUUACUUUGAAGUUUAUUUCCCCUGCUAACUUUGAGAGGGUUCUGACAUUCAUCUACACAGGAGAGAUCUUGACUGACCUCAUAGAUGUAGGGGUGCUGUAUGAGCUGGCUGAGAGACUGGGCAUUAGUGAACUGGUGAGGGCCUGUCAUGCCACCUUCCCUGACCUGCAGGUUUCCGUAUCUGCAAACUGUAAAGCCAGUGGGACUGUAGACCUUGGUCUGGACUCCAGUGUUGUUGCUGCUGGUGCUGUUCCUACUGUGUCUGCAUCAUCCUUGUGCUCAUCUGCAGCCUCCUGCUCUUCUCUGUCCUCAUCAGCAGGGCCCUCAGCCUCUCCAACACCAGCUGCUGCUUCCUCACCUCUUAACCAGGGCAGGACAACCAGGGCCAGCAGUGGCACCACCUCUCUGUCUCUAGACCUCAAGGCUGAAGGUGUCCACUCUCACUUGGGCUAUGAGCAGGUGCAAGUGCCAACAGAUAAUCAGCUGUCAGGUGAGGACAGCCUUUUAACCAACACCCACUGCAUUCAGACUGAUGGCACACUACCUCCAGGUUCUGUGCUCCAGCUGAAGACCGAGAAGGGGGAGGAGGAAGAGGAGGUGAGGUGUGGGGGGACCUGUAACAAUGGGAAGAGAACUACUGGGCAGAUGGUUUGUGGGAGCACAGUUGGCUCUUUGCCCCAGGGCUCUGACUCUGUGCCCUCUGACCCCUGCUCCUUCCCUGACUCCUCUGUUCAGCUCGGGGCAGAAGCCUGCCCUCCCACAUCAUCCUCGGAAGACCCCUUAGGCAACCUGCAGGUGGAGGUAGUAGAAGGCGGAGUGGUGGAGGUAGCCAGGGAUGGCAGGCUUAUGUUCGGGGAGGUGGAGGAAAUAGAGAAUGAGGAGGAGAGGGACGGAACAAUGGAGAGAGGAGAGGAGGAACAGUGGAGACAGCUGGCAGGGGAGAUCAUCGAGCUCAGUGAUGAUGAGAACUACAUGGAAGUGGAAGAGGAUGAUGAAGACGACCUGGUGUUUGUUGAGAACGGCGCGGGAGGGGAUGCUAGUGGCCAGGUGUCAGCGGCCAUGGUGGCAUGUAAAGCCUGUGCAGUGUCUCUUCCAGUGGACUCAGAUGCUCUGGGGGCACACGCAGAAAGCCACCUGACAGAGACGGGACUAUGCAGGGUGUGUGGGGCUACGUUUGCGGACCGCGCUGCAAGUGUCUCUCAUGCCCUGUCCCACGUUGGGGUCCAGCUGUUCUCCUGCGACAUGUGUCAUCUGCGAUUCUGCAGCAAAAACAAACUGCUGCGUCAUCACCGCCAGGCGGCCUCCAAUUAUACCUUGCCACAGGCUGCGCUGGCCAAUAGCACCCAGAGCCAAGGUUCUGAGCUGCAGUGUGCAGUGUGCAACAAAAGCCUCAACAAACAGUUUCAGAAUGUCAGAGACCACCUGCUGAGCCACGUGUGUCCUCAAAGCCUGAGUUGUGGUGUGUGUCACCUCCCCCAGCUAUCCCUGUGUUCCCUGCUGUGGCACACUCUCACCCACCUCUCUGUGCCCAUUUACUCCUGCCCACACUGUGCCCACAGCUUCCUAGAGCGCUCCUUCCUGGAAAGACAUAUGGCUGCCCACGCUGAGGAGGCCGCCAUUAAAGAGAGACAGCGGUCCGCUCUACUGGCUUUUAGGAGCGGGGCAGAUGGAGCAGCAGCAGGAGAAGGUGGUGGAGGAGAAACAGGGGAGUUAUAUUGCCUCCUGUGCCCGCAGACAUUCCGCUCCACCUCUGCCUUUCAGUACCACCUUAGCCAGCAUAGCAACGAGUCCCUGGGGAGCAGUGGAGGUGUUGGGGGUCCAGGCUUGCUAGGCAAACGUAAAGCUGACCAGCCUCAGGAGUGUCCUUCCUCCUCCUCUCCACGGGAGGUAGGUGGCCUGGUUAAAAUGAGUAACAUAGGCUUUGGCCUGGGGAUGGGCUUCAACCUAUCAGAUAAGGUAUUACAAGGGCCAAUACACAACUUUCCCUCUGGGGUCCUGACCAAUGGAGGUUGUGGGCUGGAUGGGCCAACUGUAGCAGCUCCAGCAGGAGUACGUGAGAAGUGGUACCGUUGUCGCUACUGUGGUAAGCGCUUUGCUCACUCAGGGGAGUUCACCUACCAUUUACGCAUCCACACUGGGGAGAAGCCCUACCAGUGCAAGGUGUGCCUUCGCUUCUUCCGGGGCCGAUCCACCAUGAUCUGCCACCUGAAGACUCACGCUGGUGCACUCAUGUACCGCUGCACAGUCUGCGGCCUCUACUUCUCUACACUGAAGCUGAUGUCCUCCCAUAUGGAGCUCCACAAAGACCACCUGCCCCCCGACUUCAACAUCGAGCAGACCUUCAUGUACAACGACCAUUCAAAAGAGCCCUUGCCACCCAUGGACACCUGAUCACCUGCGGUGUCUACCUCCUCAUUCUGUUCCGUUGCGUUUUGGUCUCUUGGUCUUUCCGUCUCUGUUUAUCUCUCUGUGAUGCCUCUUUAGUGUCUGGUUGUUGUUGACCACAUAUACAUAAACACAAAUAUAUCUAUAAGCCUAGACUUUUAGAAUGUAAUGAACUUAUUUGACGUUUUUUAUAUAUAG